AGGCCCUGAGGCCUCUCCCCGCUAGCCGCGGACUGCAGGCUCCAAGACACAGCAGGAGGAUCCAUCCAUCCAGGGGUACGUCUAGUUAAGCCUUAAGCUCUUGUGUCGACACGAUAGCAAGCUUUAGUUUCGUCCAGGAGAAGCACAAGCAAGCAAAGUCGAGCUUCUUGCGGCCACUUGAGGGUUCCAGGAGGUGUACGUGUUUGCAUCGUCGCUUCGCUCGCCGGAGAAAAGAAAAGAAUGUCGCGCGGGAGAUGGCAGGGAUGCGUUUUUGUUCUCGUCCUUCUUCUCUUCAGCGCGUCAGGCACUUCUCUGGGGGACAACACGAUCGUCCCUUCAAAUUCUCCGUCAGACUUCGCGAGAAUCAUCGUGCAGUCUAAGCAGACCAAGCGAGCGCAGGUGUGCGGCGGAGCCGACCACCGGCUGCUGCGGUCCCUCGCCAACACCGGCGCAGAGGUCAUGGUCACCAUCCCCAACUCACAUCUGCAGCACCUCGCCGAGUUCCGGGACGAGGCCCGGCUCUGGGUGGCCGCCAAUGUGGCGCCGUUCCUCCCGGCGACCAUGAUCACGCACGUCCUAGCGGGAGACGAAAUCCUGUCGUCCGCCUCCCCCGGAGACGCCGCCUACUCGCUGGUCCCCGCCAUGCGGAACCUCCACGCCGCCCUUGUCGCUGCCGGACUUGACGGCCACAUCAGGGUGUCCACCGUGCUCUCCUCGGUGCCGCUCGCCCCGUCGUGGUCCCCCGGCGUCGCAGGGCACGUCCUGCGGUUCCUGUCGGAGACCGGCUCGCCGUUGUUCCUCAAGGCUCGCACGUCGGAUGUCAGAGUCGACGACGUGUACGCCGCGAUGCGGGCGCUGGGCUUCUCAGGCAUCCCACUGAUCGCGGCAGAGUCGGCGGAGCUCGCUCUCAGUGGCGCGCUGGUGUACCACAGCUACUUGUAUGGCCGUCAUCCCAUGACCGCCGGUGGAGGUGGGAGGCGGUCGCUGGCGACGGGGACGUUCUGCGUGGCCUUGCAGAACGCGGACCCGACAGCGCUGCAGGCGGGCCUGAGCUGGGCGUGCGGGCAGGGGCAGGCCGACUGCUCGGCGGUGCAGCCCGGAGGGGCGUGCUACAAGCAGAACAACGUGGCGGCGCUGGCCUCCUACGCCUACAAUGACUACUACCAGAAGAGCGCCAGCACCGGCGCCACCUGCUCCUUCAACGGCACCGCCACCACCACCGCCACCGAUCCCAGCUCAGGAUCGUGCGUCUUCGCAGGAAGCACCAUGGCAGGAGACUCCACCUCCAACUCGAGCGUGCCGAGCGCCAGCCCUCCGACGAGCCUGGGCGCCCCUCCGUCAGACGAUCUCACUCCUCCGGUCAGCUCAAGCCCUCCGUCCGACUUCGGCCCCCCGGCAGCCGACACGGCACCUCCGACGAGCUUUGACGCUCCCGCAGGUGGCUUCGGACCACCGUCUGGCUUCAGUCCCCCGUCUGUGUUCGGCAGCCCGCCGUCGACGUUCGGCCCGCCCGGGAGCUUAACCGGGAGCGGGAGCUUCGGGCCGAGCGGCACCCUCGAGCCUUACGGCGUCGGGUGUCGCCACGUGGCCUCCUUGGCUGCCUCCACUCUUCUGUCCGCCAUUGUUCUCGCGGUCCUUUGCGCGUCACCAGAUCUGAUGUAAAUUCUCUGAGUAUACAGAGCUAACGCUGUCGUUAGCAUUACUAUUGCAUCUUAUGUUCUUGGUCUUGUAGAUGUCAGAUUCAAUGUUUAGGAAUCGUAUGUAUAUAUAUGAUUUGCAGAGUAUUUGGCAUUGCACUUGAGAA